AUGAGAGGAUGCAGCAGAGAAGAGGGGAAGGAGGAAGAGGAGGAAGUGGAGGUGAGCUUCGAUGAACUUAGCCUGGAGGAACAGCUGAAGAGGGCUUUGAGGAAGAAGGGCAUGGCCAAGGCCACCCCGAUACAGCGGGAAGCCAUCCCGCUCAUCCUGGAAGGGAAGGAUGUGGUCGCAAAGGCCAAGACUGGCUCUGGGAAGACCUUUGCCUACCUUCUCCCACUUCUGCACGAACUACUGAAGUUGUCCUCAGAAGGGCGUAUCCGAAAACCUGCACCAAAUGCCUUCAUCCUGGUUCCUACUCGAGAAUUAUGCCAGCAGGUUUAUAACGAGGCAUUAUCUCUCCUUGAGUUCUGUACAUGCAAAUUGAGGGUUGUGCAAGUUACCGCGAGCAUGUCGGAUAAGGAUAUUACUGUUGCAUUGUCUGGCCCACCUAAUAUUCUCGUGUCAACUCCAGCUUGUGUUGCAACAUGCAUAUCAAAGGGAAUUAUCCGUGGACCUUCAGUUAAAGAGUCACUUUCAAUGAUGAUUCUCGAUGAGGCUGACCUUCUUCUAUCCUACCGCUGUGAAGAUGACUUGAAAGCUCUCAUCCCACAUAUCCCGAGAAGCUGCCAGUCCAUUCUGAUGUCUGCAACUUCAAGGUCAAAUCUGAUCUCAUGUGAUGCUAAGGAUAAAAUGCUUUAUAUCCUUGCACUUUUGAAGUUCGAGCUUAUUCAGAAGAAAGUUCUUAUAUUUGUGAACUCAAUUGAUAUGGCAUUCAGAUUACAACUGUUCUUGGAAAAGUUUGGGAUAAGAUCUGCAGUUUUGAAUGCUGAGUUGCCACAAAAUUCCCGACUACAUAUUAUAGAGGCAUUCAAUGCGAGGUUAUUUGAUUAUCUGAUAGCAACGGAUGAUACUAAAACAAAGGAGGAGAAGCAAAACAAUAAGGAUAAGGAAAACAAGAAAGAGCCAAAGUUGUCCCGCAAACAGGAGAAGCAAACCAAUAAGGAAAACAAGAAAGAGUCAAAGGUGUCCCGCAAACAUUUGCAACAGACUUUAGAUGCCGAAUUUGGAGUUGUCAGAGGAAUCGACUUCAAAAAUGUAUUUACAGUAGUCAAUUUUGACAUGGCUCUGGAUGCUGCUGGGUAUGUUCACAGAGUAGGGCGAACAGGUAGAGCUAAUAAGACUGGUGCAUCCAUAUCGCUUGUUUCACAAGAGGAGGAUAGUAUUUUUAAAGAGAUUGAGCAUAUGUUGCAAGAUGUCGAAAAGAAAGAUAUGGACUGCAUUUCACCUUUCCCAUUACUUACAAAAGAUGCUGUUGAGUCUCUACGGUAUAGGGCUCAGGAUGUUGCAAGGAGUGUGAGAACACGUGAUAUACAGGAAGCGCGUCGGCAAGACAUAAAGAAUGAAAUCCUCAAUUCUGAGAAAUUGAAGUCUCAUUUUGAAGAGAAUCCAAGGGACCUUGAUUUGCUCAAGCACGAUAAGUUGCUAAGCAACAAGGAAAUUCCUGCACACCUGCGUGAUGCCCCUGACUACCUAAUUGAUCCGAAAACAAAAGAAGCGAGCAAUGUUGUCGAACUUUCCAGGGCUGCUAUGGGUAUCGACAAGCCCAAAGGCGGAAAAGACAGGGGUUCAAGGGAGGAUCAGGGAAAAGUAGAGACCCUCUUAAGACUUUCUCUGCUGAGGUGCUUUUGCCCAUUCGAUGGCUUCAAAAUUUCAGAUUAA